AUGGACAACACAGACACGUAUUUGUUCAACUUCAAAGGUUUUUAUUUUGUACGUUCUUUAGUUAAUGUUGACCUACUAAAAAAUAUAGAUGAUUUUGAAAUUAGAGAUGAUGAUGUCUUCAUAAUUACAUAUCCAAAAUCUGAACAUAAGAUGAUUGGUGUCGUUGGAGCAAUGCUGUAUGGAGUGGCUAAUGCUGCUCAAAGAUACAAUGGAAUUAUUUACAUCUAUAGAAACCCCAAGGAUGUUUUGAUCUCAUAUUUUCAUUUUUCGAAUUUGAUGGCUCUAUUAGAAGCUACAGGUAACUUAGAACAUUUCAUGAAAAGGUUUCUAGAUGGAAAAGUUUGUGCUAACCUUUGGUUUGACCACAUCAGAGCCUGGUAUGAGCACAGAAGUGAAUUGAAUAUUCUGUUCAUGAUGUAUGAGGAGAUGAAGAAGGAUCUCAGAAGUUCUGUGCUUAAAAUCAGCAGUUUUCUUGAGAAAGAACUGAGUGACGAGGAUGUGGAAGCUAUUGUGAAACAGGCUACAUUUCAGAACAUGAAGUUUGAUCCACAAGCAAAUUAUCAGCAUCUUCUAAAACAUGAAUGGGGGACAAGAACAAAUGAGGGAGAUUUCUUACGCAAAGGUACCGUUGGAGACUGGAAACAUCACUUGACUGUGGAGCAAAAUGAGAGAUUUGACAGGAUAUUCCAAAAGAAGAUGAAAGAUUUUCCCUUGAAGUUCAUCUGGGAUAUAAAUGAGGAGGAGAAUUAGU